GGAUGGUCAGAGGAGCCCAGGUACAGCUGCAAGGAUCAAAGCUGAGAGACAAGAGCUGACAGUGAACCUGCAUCAGGAAGACAAUUGCAGCCAAACCUCCUGGAUUCAACACACAAGAUGAAACUGACUGAGAACCUGUUGGGCUCAGCGAGUGCAGCACAUACCUUUUAGUCGACAUUUGUACUGGUUACCUUCUCAAUAAACAUUUAUGAACAGGUAGUAUACUUGAGAGAUGAACAAAAAUGUUGCAUCCAUAUUGGAUACCAUCGCCAUGUUCAGCUGAAAAAGGCAGAUACAACCAAAUGUUGUGAGAAUCAAGAAAGAACAGAGCAAACAGUCCCAAUCAAGAUGGCUGGUGGUAGCUGUCCUGAGGAGAAUGUUUCUGAGAAACAGGAUGACUCAGUUCACAUCAUGGAUGGAAUCAGUUUGAAACAGGAUUGCAAAUCCCAUUAUACUGAAGCCAAAGGGACAAACAAGAGUUGUGAGAAUUUGUUAACCAAAGAAAUUAAAUUCCUAAAGCCUCACAUGACUGGGUCAGAGCUAAAUCUUGAUAGAAUGAAAACCUGCAAGCGCCUUGUGGAGAAAGCUAUUAAGCUAAAAAAGAUAUUUACAAUCUACGGUCCAUAUCCACUAAUCCGACAAAGUCUACGCAACAGAGGGUGGUUGGAGAAGAAGAUGCCUAAACCCCUGAAGAGCCCUCAGAAAAAGGAUAAGAUAAUCAAUGGGGAAAACGACGUGGAUGAUGGUAUUGGUGAUUCUGAUGGUUGUGAUUUUGAUGAUAAACAGGGUGACGAUAAAGACAACUCUGAUGACCCAGAUAACAUCUAUAACAUCACGUCCCGACUACUGAAGAAUGAAACUGCAAUUUUUCUCUGGACAAAUGGAACUGAAGCCCAGAACCUCCAAAAAGAUCAGAUUUUUAACCACUAUGUUGGGGCUGGCUCAUUUACUACUAAGGCAGGACUUUGUGUAAAUCUCAGAAACUUCCAAUGGUUUAAUGGGGUGAAUCCUGACACUUUUUUCCCUCGAUGCUAUAGAAUUGCAGUCGCAGAAGAAAAGCAAUCAUUCAUUGAGGAUUUCAGAAUGACAGCAGCCCGGAGUAUACUGAAGUGGGUUGUAGAACUGAAGAAGAAGAGUGAUGUGCCUCACAAAGGGCCUGAUUGGAAAGACAGGACACCAAGAUCUUCUGUGAUGGAAGCUUUUCACAGGCAGACUCGAAAGAAAGGCGGCGUUGUUCCAGUUCAACUAGUCGAGACAGCGCUCCGUGCCUGUGAGGAAUAUUUAAACACCAUGGACCACAAGGAUAUUGAUGUGAGUCUCGAUACACCACCAGCAGUGACAGAAAGAUGUUGGGAGGAGACCAUCCAGCAGUACUAUGAGGUCAUUCAUGAGGGAGCAACAAUUCAGAAUUGGAAGGUCUAUGCUGCGGUUUGUGAAAAUAUGCUGAAGCAGCUACAGGAAGCAAAUACACAGCUGAAGAUGGAAGGAAUGCGGAACAUCUGGAUUGUGAAACCUGGAGCCCAGUCUCGUGGCAGAGGAAUCACCUGCAUGAACCGUUUGGAACAGAUCAUGAAGCUAGUUUAUGGCCAGACAACUUUCAUCACAGAUGGCAAGUGGGUAGUGCAAAAAUACAUUGAACACCCGUUGCUUAUUUAUGGGACAAAAUUCGAUAUGCGGCAGUGGUUUUUAGUGACAGACUGGAACCCUGUGACGAUCUGGUACUAUAAAGACUGUUAUCUGCGCUUCUCAUCUCAGGCAUUCUCAUUGGACAAUCUCGACACAGCAAUUCACUUGUGCAAUAACUCAAUCCAAAAACACUUUGUGGCCUCUUCCAAUCGCCACCCAUUCGUUCCUAGAGACAACAUGUGGUCCAGUAACCAGUUCAAAGAGUAUCUGAACAAAAAUGGCUUUGGAAACAUUUGGGAGGAUAUCAUCUCUCCCGGCAUGAAGAAGGCAAUUGUGAAUACCAUACAAGUAAUGCAGGACAUUGUGAAACCUCGCAAGAACAGUUUUGAGCUGUACGGUGCUGAUUUCCUGUUGGGAGAGGACUUCAAACCAUGGCUGAUUGAAAUUAAUUGUAGCCCCACAAUGUCACCUUCAACACCAGUGACAGCCACAUUGUGCAGCAAUGUUCAGGAGGAUACAAUAAAAGUGGUUAUCGACCGAAGGUAUGAGAAGACCAGUGACACAGGCGGAUUUGAGCUUCUGUAUAAACAGUGUACUAUGGCCAUUCCUCUUUACUUAGGGAUCAAUCUGCUCGUUGAAGGAUCAAGCAUCAAGAAACCACCAGCACUUAUUCCAAAGAGCCAGAGCAAUGGGUUGCGUAACAUUUCCCAGAUCUCUGAAACCGUGCAAAAAAUCUGUGGUCUCACAUCUCAACACCGCCAAGUAGCUCUAAAUGAUGAUGUAAAUAAGCCAGCAAACGCUGAAUCUGCCAAGAAUAGAGACUAUCCCAAACUAUGCAGCAAUCUAAGCAAAUCAAAACUUUCUGCAAUCGACACCCAUCCUGAAUUUGCAAAGCGUUCCCUCAAUUUACCUGCUACAAAGAGUUACAAUACCAGCAAUAUAAAGAAUCUCAUCUAUUUUGGUAAUGAAAGGAAUCCUUUACUUCCCAUUCAGGGCAAAGUUUCACCUAAUCUCAAUAAUUCUGGCCUUGCAAAGAGUGUGUUAAAUUUCCAUAAUUUGAGUAUGGUAAAGAAUUCUUUAAUUCCCAACCACUUUAGCAUCACAAAAAAUGUAUUAUAUUCAAUGAAUUCCAGUGCAACAAAAAAUCUUUUGAAUCCCAGUAAUUCUAGCAUCACAAGAAGUCAAUCAAAUUCAACUAAUUCCAGCAUGGCAAAAGAUCUGUCAGAUUCCAGUAAUUCCAGCACUCCAAACGAUUCUUUAAAUCCUAAUGAUUCCAGUGUCACAAAAAAUCCCUUAAGUUCGACUGUUUCUAACAUUGCAAAGGAUCUGUCAAAUCCUAGUACUUCCAGCACUACAGACAGUUCGUUAAAUCCCAACAAAUCCAGCCAUACAAAAGAUUCUCUCAUUCCCAAUCAUUCCAAUGAUCUGAACAAUUCCACAGUUCCCAAUCCUAACAUUGCAAAGAAUCAUAAUAUACCCCAAGAUUCCAACCAUAUUCAAGACCAUGGCAGUUCCAACACUUGUGGGAAAGAGAAAACUGUUGACAAUACUAACAACUGCAGUAAGAUAAAAACUUCCAGCAUUUCCAAACAUUACCACAAGUCUAGGAAUUAUACUUCUUACAACCGUAAAAAGGCAAAGAAAUUAAGUAGCCCCAAAAUUCUGGGCACCAGUAUUGUAAAAGCAUGGGAUGAGAUGCAGAAAAUGAAAAAUAACAUUGCUGAAACAACUCCAGCUACUGAAACUGAAAACAAUUGUAAACGUGACCCAGGUGACAAAGUGGAACAAGAUUAUGAAGUGCCAAAGUUUAACAGGACUGAAGGGAUUCGGAAAGUCAGCAAGCAGCGUUUGCAGCCUAAAUCCAAGAUCACACAGAUGAGUAUGUCUGUGAAGCAUCUAAUUUUGCCCAAUCGACAGAUGCUCAGAGAUCCUCUCCAUGUAAAUUUGAAAUGUUUGAGUCUUGACUUGUUGAACUUUAAAGACAUGCAGCACUCCAGAUCCUCAGUUGCCACAGAUGCAAACAGAGUUAGAACUGUCCACGAGAAAUCUACUCCAUUGCGUUAUUCCUACAAUUCACCACGGCUGCAACUAAAAGAUCCAAAUAUUCCCCAGCUCCAUAUUACUGGCUUGCAGCCACAAUUUAAAGCUUCAAGUGAUAUCAGCAACAAGUACAUUGAAACCCAUAAGAAUGCAACUAGUAACCUGUUCAACAUCAAGAAGCAUCUACUGACGAGCUCUUUCCCACUCUUUCAGUAACACAGUUACUGUGCCGCCAAGUUGUUCCCAGAUUAUCCAGUCAUUUCUACUGGAUGCUUUGUGCUGUCAAGUCCUUUCUAAUGCUUUCACUAAUACAAAACUAACUUUUUUGCACUACCUCUUGGCAGGUUUGUGCCCUCAGACAUCAUCUUUACAUAAAAUGUAGCUUUUACUCUGUGAACAAUAGGCACCAUUGGGCAGCCAUUGUGUCUUGAAAAGAGAAGUCUUCUUUUAAAAAAAAAUUGCUUUGUAAUCGUUUAAAAGCCAACUGCUUGCAUGUCAGGUUACAUAGUUGGAUCUGAAAAAUUGAAAGUGAUUUUAAUAAUGAAUUGGACAUUGUUCUCAUCAUUGAUCAUAUCUUGAUUUGUUUCUAUCUCUUCAUAAAACAAACCUACUUCUGCUUUAGUCAAUCUACCAACUAAACUGAAAACACCAGAGGAAAUGUGAAAUACAAAACAAAUAUUAAAGCAACAGAAUGUGUGGAAUA